AGUCACAGGAGGAGGGCGGGGUGACCUGGCGCGGCCCGGACUUUGCAGCCAUUAAACCAGUCCUGACUGCGCUGGCCUCGCUUCACACUCCUGGCCGAGGAGGGUGAAGGCUUCUUUCUGGGACCUAAACUAAGGCAUCCACGCAGCUGCUAAGCUGAAGUUGAGCCCCACACAUCGCCGAAGAAGAUGCCAGCACCCAUAACAGAACCAAAGCCUGGAGACCUGAUUGAGAUUUUCCGUCCUCUGUACAGACACUGGGCCAUCUAUGUCGGUGAUGGAUAUGUGAUCCACUUGGCUCCCCCAAGUGAAUUUGCAGGAGCCGGGGCAGCCAGCAUCAUGUCUGCUUUGACCGACAAGGCCAUAGUGAAGAAAGAACUACUGUGCGAUGUGGCCGGGAGGGACAAGUACCAGGUCAAUAACAAACACGACAGCAAAUACACCCCGCUGCCUCUAAGCAAGAUCAUCCAGCGGGCUGAGGAGCUGGUGGGGCAGGAGGUUCACUACAAGCUGACCAGUGAGAACUGUGAGCACUUUGUGAAUGAACUACGCUAUGGAGUUGCCCGCAGUGACCAGGUCAGAGAAGCUGUCAAGAUGGCGGGCAUUGCUGGAGUGGGCUUGGCAGCCAUGGGCCUCGUUGGAGUCAUGCUCUCCAGAAACAAGAAACAGAAGCAAUGAGUUGAAUGAGCACCCAGCCUUAGGGGUUCUUCUUUUGCUAGAAGGGUUGAAGUUUGACUCCUAGAUUCUACUGUUUUAUAAUUAGGCUUAUUUUCACAGCCCACAAUAAAGCACAAGAAGGGAAUUUUACUGACUGGAUGCUGCAGUAGUUACUUGGUGUGAAGUCUCUGGAGAGAAGCUCUCGACUCUGCUCUGGGCAACACCCUUUCCUGCUGGUUCUUUCUCUUUGCUGUAGCACCCUUUGCACGGCAGAAAACAGAGUCCAACACUAUUAAAUGAAGGGCAUUUCUGUGGUAUACCAGAUAUUGCAGUAUGCCAAAGGAGACAGUCUGGAUAUGCAGAAAUGGAAACCUCCGAUAACCAGGGCUUGAGUGGCCUAGAACUUGAUCCACCAUGGCACCUUGAGACUCAGGAGCUGGAGUCUAUGACUAUUCAGUGGAGUGUGAAAGACAAAUCCUCCAGGUCUGGGACUGUAGCUCAGUGGAAAGAGUGCUACCCUAGGAUGUAUGAAGUCUUAGGUUCAAUCCCUAGUACAACCCCUUUCCACAGAGAAAUUCAGGAUAUAUUUGACUGCUCUUCCUAAAGUCUUCCAAGGUCUGUUCUAGUUAGGUGUCUAUUGCUGUGAUAAAGACCAGAAACAACUUGGGGAGGAAAGUGUUGUAUGAGUCCUAAUCAGUCUUAUAAUAAAAACCCGGAGCCAGAUAUUGGGAUAAAUGCUGAAAGAUCAGAGAGACAAAGGAAGAUUCCACUAAAGAAACUUCUCACCAUUACUGAAGCCUCAGGCUGAAAGGGAAGCGAGAUCCUGUCUCCUCGAUUCCUCAGACUGAAUGCCUCUGAGUCCUCAGCCAAAAGGAGCCAAACUCCUGUCUCCUCCCACCUUGUAUUCCGUUCUCCGCCCAGCUGUCACUUCCUGUCUCAAUCUUCCUAGUGCUGGGAUUAAAAGUGUGUGCCACCAC